AUGGCGGACGUUUCUUCUACAGAAUCAUGCUCUUCGUUGAAUACGGUUCCGGAGGUUGGAUCGUCCUCGACGACCACGGCCACGACGGUGGAUGAUGAGAGCAGUGACAGCGUGGAGCAGAAUCGCCCGAAGCGUAACGAGCGGGUUGAAAAGCUCGGCUUCAAACCGCAGAAGGAACUGUUCUGCAACAAAUUUUUCCCGUACGCCGAUCGGAUGGAUGACGAGUCGCAGGCCAUGCUGGAAGCGGUGAAGAACAAUCUGGGCAAAGCAGUGGCGUUGCGCGAAGUUGGGCCCGGUGCGAUGACCUGCAUCCGUCAGCUGGUGACGUACAUUAAACUAUACGGCAUGAAGUUUUCCAAGGAGGACCACAUCAAGUUCGUAAAGUUGAUGCUCGAGAUGCUGGUCAUUCCCAAGCUCAACCCCGGCAAGUUGGGCAGAAUCAGCGACGCGAUCUUUGUCCUGCUCAGAAAACGCGAAUGGAUCAGCACGGACGAGCUCCAGAUCGAGUGGCGCCCACUGUACGAGCUGUUUACGUUGCUGGUAACUCGGCGUAACAAAAAAGGUGAACUCUUCAACAACCUCAUGAAGAGCGGUAAGCGAAAAGAGCGCACGGUAUCACCGUUGGCGCAGCUGCUUGCCGCCGCGGCCGAGAUGGGCUAUGAUGUGUCUGCAUUUGUACAGUUUGCCGGUGCCCACGGAACGCACACGGAGACGGAUGAGAAUGCGUCCAUGGAAGCGACCAUCCAGUGCGUGAUAGAGGUUUGCACUCCAUACUUUCCACCGUCGUCGACGCAAGAGCUGCUGGAUGAGUUGCUGCCCCAGACGCAGCCACUGGACAAUGGAAGCGGCUGCGAGGAGGUGGCGAUAUUGAACAUUUUCCUCAACUACGAACGUGGCUACGAGCUCUGGUUCGACCGGAUGAUGACGCUGUGGGAUGCGUACCACAAUCCACCGUGGGCGUCCGAUCUGAUGAGCAUGUUCUCGAUGGUUGGCUACCGGAACCUGGGCCACAUUGACUGGGAACCGUACAUUCCGAGCAUGUUUGCGCGCAUCAUGCGCUCGAUCGACUUCCCGGUCAACUACAAGCAAACCAAAACGGCCCGCAACAACAUGCUGCUACCGGAGUCGAUCGCCACCUGGAUCGUGUCCGCGCUGGGACCGCAGAGCAGCGCCCAGCGCUACCUGAACACGUUCAUGUCGUCGAUCGAAUCGUAUCUGCAUCCGGCCAACAUUGGCAAGUGGGUGACUAUGCUCGGCGAAAUUCUGUUUCUUUUGCCGCGCAUCUUCAUCGAUCGGCUCGUCAUCGAGCGGUACCGCAAGGGGCACCACCUCCGGCCGGUGCCGAACGAACGGAAGCUUACGGAGGAGUGCAUAACGGCGUUCGUGGAGUGCAUGAAACCGGUCGCGUUCCAGGCCAUGUACUCGCGCCUUAGCCCGCAGGAGGUGGGCAAAAUUUUCCAACAUCUGGCCGACCUGCGCCCGGCACUCAUCAUACCGACGAUCAUCGAACGGGUGUACACCAGUCUGGAUUCGGUGACGGAGCCGCACAAGUUCACCGCGGCCAUGCACGGGCUGAUUGGGGUGUCGCGGGCGCUCGUGUCGGGUCACAAGGGCUACACCGAGGGCCGGACGCACGUGAUACCGAUCUUCUUCGCCACGCUGCCCGGUAUCGAUCGGAACGACUUCAAGAAGACGAUUAUCACAUUCCACUUCCUAACGUCGAUCGCGUUCCUCAUCCCGAUCGUCGACUGCUCGACCGCGGGCCAAUUUCACACCAACAUGACCGACGACGAGCGCCUGCUGUGCGAGCAAACGGCCGAUUUCGAAAGUUUCGUGCUGCAGUACCUGGACCGCAUUUUCCUGCUCGUCGAGAGCAGCUCGGUCAACAACGUGCGCAUGGAGCAGUCGGACGCCGAUCCGAUGCACUCGAAGAUUGAAACCAUUUCGGAGACGCUGGUCCAGGCCUGCACGCACGGUAUCCUGGGGCAGUGCUCGGAACCGAUUGUGGCGGCGGCGUCCCGCAAGGUGCUCGAGUUUCUGCAAACGCAUCUGCUCGAACCUAAGGUGGCCGGCCAGCUGGCGGGCUGUUUGGUGCGCGUUUUGGCUCGCAUCAACGGGCAGCAGAUGUUCCGGGUACUGCUGCCCCACAUCUUGCGCUCGAUCGAGGCGUACAUGGACGAUCAGGAGAAUGCGCACGAGCUCGAGAAGCACAACGACGAGUUGCUGUACCACCUGGUGCUGCUGGUGAAUCUGGUCCGCGGUGAUCCGCGGGUCGUGGCCCAACACCUGGACGAGCUGCUACCGACGCUCGACAAGCUGGUGGUGUUUAAGUGUAAACGGGUCGCCCGCUACGUGACGCACAUCGUCGGCAACUUGAUGCACAAUCUGUCCACCCUGCAGUCGCUCGAUCUCCACAACAGCCCGGACUGCUUCCGGAAGCCGGUCUCCGAGGUGCUGCCGGUGAAACGGUGGGGCGAAAAGAUGGGGCUCGACACGAAGAUCGAGUGGAUCAUGCCGGACCAGGAACUGCGGAACGCGUGUGAGCGCGUGAUCCAUCGCUAUUUGCCGGCACUGUUGGACAAGUUCGAUCAGCACAGUGCCGACCGGGAGAAGCUUUCGCGCGAGGAGCUCAACCGCAGCGUCAUGCUCGUGCAGGCCAUGAUCCGGUGCUUCAACUUUCUGCCCAACUGGGACGAUGAGGAACCGAUCGCACAGUACGAAUCGUGCCUCAGCCCGGCCGACCUGCAGCUGAAGGUGAUGCUCGGCUUCGAGGAUCUCGCGAUUCGCAUGCCGGACGGGGGCAACGUGCGGAAAGCGAUCAUCCGUUCGAUCGGCCGCCUGCAGGACGCACUGCUUCGCACGUCGGAAGACGACACGCAAACGCUAAAGUCGAUCAUCAACCUGUACGAUCGCGUGUUUGUUCGCCGGCACUCGAACAGUACGUUCGAUGUGCAGCUGCGCAGCUUUAACAUUACCAAGCGCUUCCAAUCGUACCGCUUGACGCGCUACAAGCGUGACGUGCGGACGGUGCUCGUUUCGCGCGUCAUCAUCCAGCAGGACUGCCGGGACGAGGUGAACCUUCCGCUGUUCACUGCAACCCAUCUGGAGGUGCUGCAGAAGCUGGUCGAUCUGUCGAUCUCGUACUACUCGUGCGUGCGAAUUCCGGCCCAAAACAAGCUCCAGACAUUGCUGGCCAUCUUUCCGCACGCGUACUCCCUGCUGACGGACCGGAUCGUCGAGUGUCUGCAGUUUGACGCGAACGAGUACCACGAGCGGUUCAAGGGGGUACUCUGUCUGCUGUACAUCAAGCGGCGGACGCGUUUGAUCAGCAUGCACGACUGGGACUACUUGGGGCGCGUCUGGAUGGCCCUGUUGCGCUCGAAACUGUCGGAGAAACCAUCCAUCGUGCGGUUGCUUGACUCGCUGACGGACGUCAUUAUGAGCGAGGCGCCCACCUACAUGAUCGACGUGGACGUUGGCGAGGGUGUGGUCGAGCGGGCACUCGCUCUGCGAACGCGGGUCGAUGAGCUCGAUUUGGCGGCCGGAUUGGCGAACCGUGAGCGAGAGAACAAGCGCAACCGGGAGCUGUACGAUCGCUUGGUAGGGGACAUUUUGAGCACGGUCGAAAACGGCAAGCUACACCGGUUGUACCACUACCUGGCCACGGUGAUGCUGCUAAACCUGAGCCACCCGUACGUGGCACACCGGGCUGAGGUGGUGCGCCAUGCGGCGCACUGUCUGAUACACGAUUCCAUCGGCGAACGGAAGCUGGCGAUACGGUUGAUGUUGAAGAUCUUUCGUCAGCAGAAGCGUCCGCGCAAAAAGAUCCAGAUGAACCCGCUGGCGGUGGCGGCCCGUGUUCGCGGGGCUUCGGAGGAGGAACAGAAAGCGGUGCCCGCGAAUCCGGGCUCCAGCGUUGCGCCCGGGUACCGCGAGGACAACAUGUGGCUGCAGUACGAUCGCGCCAAGGUGCCGACGAGCCAGGCCGAGUGGGACGAACCGCGCUUCAUCUACACGCAGGAGGGUUGCUUCGGGUGGACGCAGAGCUUUGCCGUGUACGCACCGAGCGCCGAGCAGCCGAAGCUCGAUCGCACCGUAGAGGAAAUGUCCGCCCAAGAGCGAGUGAUUUACGAGUUCUUCGCCGAGCAAGAAAACGUCGAAAAACUGAUCAAGUUCUGGUCGCUGGAGGAGAAGAAGGGCCGCGACAAGUUUAGCAGCUCGCGCAUGCUGCUGGUGAAGAUGGUGAUGAAGGUGUUUGGUGAUCAGCUGCUCGAUCGGUUCAUGUGCCACCUGCAGCGACUGAUCGAGGACAAGGCCUCGGAAAGCAGCCACCGGUGCGCGGCCGAGGUGAUGACCGGGAUCAUGCGGGGGGCGAAGCACUGGCCGUACGAGAAGACGCGUGCCAUGUACGAGCGGAUGGUGCCGUUGGUACGGCUUGCCAUGGACAACGUGACGGUCGAUACGGACGGGUACUGGGGUACGUGCUUCGCGACGUCCGCCCAGUCGAUGGACCCGUCGAAGCAGUACUGGUUGCACGAGGUGCUACUGGAGGACCCGUUGAAGGAUGCGAGCAGCUUCAGUGACUGUAACCGCCUGUACUGCCUGCAAGGUGCCCUCAAUCAGCACGUGUGGCGCAUGGCGAGCGUUGCGCACCGGCUGCUCGAGUAUCUGAAGCCGCACCUGAACCACCCGUUCCAGAGCAAGCGCGAACGGUUGGGCAAUACGCUGAUCAACAUUUUCGAGAGCGAUUUGCGCUUCGAGGGCUACGAGCGCAGUCCGAUUUCGCCGCAGCGGGCCGAGAUGAUUGCGUACGUGAUGCCGAAAGUGGCCAUCCUGCUGGAGCAGGAUUACGAAGUGCCCAAAGCGGUCAGCGAUUCGGCGAUGGACACCGACGGCGAUGGUGGUUCGCCGACCGGCAAUGACAGCGAGUACGCGAAGGCGGUACGGUUGUUUAAAACAGUGGCCCACUGGAUAACGCACACCAUUCACCGGUGCUCGAAUGGCAACGAGAAGGAGUUCUUCGAGUUGUUACCGAUCGCGUGCCGCCUGGAACGGUCCGAGCAGGAUCAGGAGCUCAGCCAAAUCUGCACCCUGCUGCUGGCGCUCGUUUCGCAAGCGCUCACACUGCCGAGCUGUAUGGAUGUGGCGUUGGGCAAGAUUGACGAAAUAUCGAAGAUGACGUUCUGGUCGGCCCGCUGUGCCGUGAUCGACGUGCUGCAGGUGCAGGUGUUCUACAACAUGACCAUCAUCCUGAGCCGCCCGGAAUGGAAGGCCAAGGUGCAGGAGAUCGUACUGCGGCUCCUGGAGGACAGUGUGGUGGAGGUGCGCGAAAAGGCCGCCGGAGUGCUGUGCGGUUUGGUGCACUGCUCGUUCCUGACCGCGACCGAGGAGCUGCUCGAGUUGUUCAAGCGCAAGUGCCGCACAAAGAUGAUUCGCACCAAGCGUGUUCGGGUGGAACAGAGCUGCUCCAGCGAGGUGGCCAAAAACGAGAGUGUGGAAGCGAAUGCCGUCAUUGCCCGCCAUACCGGUGUCCUCGGACUGUGUGCCUUCAUCUCCGCAUAUCCGUACGAAGUGCCUGAGUUCGUGCCGAACGUGUUCGAGCACCUGGGAGCACAUCUGAACGAUCCGCAACCAAUACCGGCCACGAUUCGGAAGACGAUGGGUGACUUCAAACGCACCCACCACGACAACUGGGAGAUCCAUCAGCUCAAGUUCACCGAGGAUCAGCUGGCGGUGCUGAGCGAUCUGACGAUUCCUCCCUCGUAUUACGCUUAAAUCAAUCCGUUGCGGUGGCGGACUGGCAGCUUGUUUGGGUUCCGUGUUGGCUACGUCGUCGGGUUGGGCUGUUUUCUGGGAGUUGCGUUCAUAAUCCGUGUUACUUUUUGAUGGUUGUACUUUGUUUUCAUUUUGCGAAGGAUUCUUUUUAUAGCGGAAAACGGUUUAUCGGCUACUAUUAUCACUCGUUUGCAGUGGACGCUAACUUUACACACCAUACUAGAUAUAUACAUUACUCUAUGAUACUAUAUUAAUAGUUUUCGGGUUGCACCCGCGUUGGGGCGCGACAGCCGGAGCUUCUUUUUUUUAACCAGUCCGUUUCUUCGCGAGACAGACGUUGCGCCUUCAACAAAAACCGGGAGCCUGGGUUCAGAAAGACGGCGCAUUCGUUAGCUUUCCCUUGUUACUAUACUUCUUUGUGCCCGCAAAAGGUAAAAGACACCAUUCGCGCGCUGCGGCUGCGGUUACUACAUUUUACAACGACUUAUAAACGACGGUGGAGGAGUUCCGGAAAAGUUAGUGCAUUGUAUUAAUAAAAAAAACGCA